ACCAUCUUCAGUCAUUAUCCAGGAACUACUGAGAACCUGGCCUCAUCUGGAAAUUUAUGCUGCUUCCCAAACUUCUCUCAGGAAAUGACAUUUCCUACAUUCACUUUACUGGAGAGGGGAGUGAUUAAGAGAGAGAGAGUGAAAGAGAGAGCCGGAGAAAAGAAAGAGUAAGGAAGAGGGGUGUUUCUAACUGGGAACAGAGCUUGCACUGUUCCAUAUUAAACACACACACAGUAAGAAAGCGUAAAGGAGAGAAAAAGAGGAGAUAUAUCCCACACACUUACUUUUUUCUUGCAGUUUAGCUGCGUGUAUGGAGCAUUCUGGACUGCAAAAUGAAACUCUCAUGUCUUGUGAUGGUACUCCUGACUAAGGCUUUAGUUGGAGAGUUGACUGAGGCUCUGAAUGUGACGGUGACCCCUGGACCGGUCACUAUGUGCCUGGAAGGAGAAAAUAUUACCGUGUCAUGUCUGGUCUCUCAGAAGAAGAGGAGCAGCAGCGUGCUGGUUCUGCGCUGGCUCUACUUCCCGAAGCCUGAGGAUGAACGACUGGUGGUGAAGAUGAAUUUCAAGAAGGCAAAGUAUUACGGGAACUACAGUCUAAGCUUUUCCCAGACUAAGUUUCACCUGUGGGAGGAGGUAGAAGGAAAAAUCUACAGCUUGCUGAUCCUCAAUGUGUCCAGGGAGGAUAGAGGCAACUAUAGCUGUAAAGUGCAAGAGAUACGACAACACAGAAACAAGUGGAGGGCCUCGUCAAAUGGCACAGGGACCAUGGAGCUACGAGUGCACUACACAGGAGUCCCUGAGAGCUCUGAUAACAUCUGGCGCUGGUUUCAAGAUCUUUAUCUGUGUGCAGUGCUGAUCUGCUCUGUUGGUCUAAUUUCGACAAUGCUUUUCAUCCUGAAAAUUACAUGUCAAUACAUGAAGCAUAAACCACAACAAAAAGCCAGAUUCUAUUUGGUGAAAUGCCCAGAUAGCAGCUCUGGGGAGACAGUGACCAGUGUUGCCAGCUCUUCUCCUAGAAUGCACAGGAAAGAGAAAAGACAUAAAUCACUACCACCUAAAGAUAUCACUGCACAACCGCCUGUGAUACCAGUGAAAGCUCCUGUUCCAAAGCCACGCAGGACCAAACUUUUAAAAGCACAACCUAGAAAAGUGCACAUGCGGGUGGCAGAUGACAGCCUGACAUACGCCGAGCUGGAGCUGGUCAAGCGAGCGCCCGAGGCUAAAAGAAGCAGUUCAGGAGCUGCACAGCUGGAGACCAGUAAACACUGCACAGGAACUGUGUACGCCCAGAUUCUCUUUGUAGAAAAACAAGUGUAAAUUCUGUUGAAUCUAUUUUGUAAAAGAAUUAUUUAUGAUAUAGCUUUUGUAUUGUUUAUGUGAUUAAUAGAUGUUUUAUCUUUUUUAGUUUAAAGCUACAAUUCUGAGCAUCUGGCAUUUGUACAUUCACAAUGUUUUCCACUUAGUACAUUCACUACUUUCCUACGCGCACAUGAUUUAUACAAGAGAUGUUCAAGUCAAACCGAGACGGUUGACAGAAAACCAAAACACAGCUAUAAGAGUAAUAAAUCUUUAUUUCUCUAUAUAAUCCACUGCUACACCCAAUGCACUUAUUCCAGCUUUUCACUAGUGCUUCAACACCAUCAAGGUAGAAAGUUUUCAGAAAUACACCAGAUUCAUGAUCGGACUGCCUGUCAGUGAUCAUAUUGUCGCUGCUGAAAUGCUGGACUCUCAGGAACACCUAACAUGGGUUUUUCCUUUAAUGGACUUUACCUGGUUUGAUUACCAAAGACAUUGUGCUUUGUCCUGCAAAAAGCAGAAUUUCAUACUGCCCACUACACCACUUGCACAUUACAGGUGUUCGACUGGGAUUUAUUGCUAUAUUCGCUGUACAGUCCUGACAAAGCAAAGGCAAAGCAUUUUACACAUGUUUGGGCCAUUAAAGGAAUUUUUGGAAGGCCAUCAUUUUUUAACUUCCUAUUUUGAUGGUUUCCAAACACUGGCAUAAGUGCAUUAGUGUGGCAGGGGAUUAUAUAACUAAAUAAGGUAAGUAGUUUUACUCUUAAAUCUGUUCUGUUUAUUUUGCACAAGUUAAAGUUACAGUAUAUAUGUUUAACAGUUAAUGGCACCUAUUUUAAAUUAUAUGUUUUUGAGUAAAAAACAAACAAACAAAAAAACUGAUCGUAAUGGGUCUUAGUAUAAGACAAAUAUACCCGCAGAAGGACAACAACAUGUAAUUUUUUAAAAAUAAAAUAAAGCCCCCCCCCCAAAAAACAAACAAACAAACAAACAAAAACAAAAUAACACAUGUGUGCAGUACUAUACUAUGUACGCCUUAUUGCUUAAUCA